AUGCUCCGGGUGGCGGUGGCGGCCCUGGCGCUGGCAGCUGCCGCGGCAUUCGGCCCGCUGGCCGCGGGUGCGCGAGCCCCGCAGCAGGGCGGCCCUGCGGCCGCGGGGGGCUUCGCCGAGGACUUGCUGAGCCUGUUCGGGGAGAACCGCAGCCUCUCGGCAGCCCAGCUCUCCCACCUGCUGCAGACGCUGGGAGCUGCGCGGGAGCAGGGGGCAGCGCUGCAGGGACAGCACCACCUGCACCACAACGAGUGCAUGUCUGGUGAGGACAUCUUUUCACUUCAUGGUUUUCCAAACAACAGCCAGAUAACAAAUUCCAGCUUCUCUGCAAUAUGUCCGGCUGUCUUACAACAGCUGAUUUUUCACCCUUGUGAUAGUUCAUCAAAGCACAAGAACAAAUCUAAACCGACUCCUUCAGAAGUUUGGGGGUUUGGGUUCCUUGCUGUGACUAUCAUCAACCUGGCAUCACUCCUUGGAUUGGUUUUAACUCCUCUCUUGAAGAAGCCAUAUUUCCCCAGGAUUUUAACCUAUUUUGUGGGCUUGGCCAUUGGGACGCUCUUUUCCAAUGCGAUUUUCCAGCUAAUUCCAGAGGCAUUUGGAUUUGAUCCUAAAACUGACAACUAUGUUGAGAAAGCAGUAGCUGUGUUUGGUGGAUUCUAUAUUCUCUUCUUUGUGGAAAGGAUUCUUAAAAUGAUACUGAAGACCUAUGGCCAGACUGGCCACACUCAUUUUGAAAAUCAUGAACAGAAUCCUCCUCAGGCUAAGGGUAAUCCACCCAUACCAUUGAAAUCUGAUAAUGGGAUAACAUGCUAUGCAAAUCCAGCCAUAAUAGAGCCUAAUGGAAACCUCAGUUUUGACACAGUUAGUGUGAUCUCUGCUCAGGAAGAGAAAACCCAAAGCUGCUUAUGUUUAAAGGGACCCACUUUGUCAGAGAUUGGAACAAUUGCCUGGAUGAUCACGCUGAGUGAUGCUUUGCACAACUUCAUUGAUGGUCUGGCUAUUGGUGCGUCCUUCACCCUCUCUCUGCUUCAGGGACUUAGUACAUCUAUAGCAAUCCUAUGUGAGGAGUUUCCUCAUGAACUGGGGGAUUUUGUCAUUUUGCUAAAUGCAGGAAUGAGCACCUACCAGGCUCUGUUUUUCAACUUUAUUUCGGCAUGUUCUUGCUACAUUGGUCUGGCUUUUGGUAUAUUAGUGGGCAGCAACUUUGCUCCUAACAUUAUCUUUGCAAUAGCUGGCGGUAUGUUCCUGUACAUUUCUCUGGCAGAUAUGUUCCCAGAGAUGAGCGACAUGCUGAGGGAGAAAGUGACUGGAAGGAGAACAGAUUUAACCUUCUUCCUCAUUCAGAACGCUGGUUUACUAACAGGAUUUGCUGCUAUACUGCUGAUUACUGUGUAUGCAGGAGACAUUGAGUUGGAAUAAUGAGAUUCUGAAGAUGGCACUAAUAAUGAAGGAUAUUAGUAAAUUAGAAAUGGAAGAACUCUUGAAGUACAUAAAGGGACUUUACAUUAAUCUACCUGGUUUAAAACAAUGACCCUGUUUUCUUCUGCAAAUCACAGAAAGUUAGCCUCUUCUUUUAGGGUUCCCAAAUCAGUCCUAUAAAAUGGGCCAUCAACUUCUGAGUAUUACAAGCAAUGGAUUCAAACACUUGUGAAGGUGUCAGAUGUACCUGCACAAUGGUAAAAAGAGGAUGUUACAUUCAGUGGAUGAAGCAGGAGGCAGCUAUAUGUAUUCCAUAUGACUUGGACUUUAAAAAAAAAAUAAAAUAAAAAAAUUUGCCAGGAUGGAAAUUAGUACAAAAAGAAAAUAGUAAGGUUCAUUCUCUAGUUUUCACAGUUAAAAUUAGAUCAACUUAGAAACUGCCUGCUUUCAUGACUUGUGUUGCAGGGUUUCCCUGUAAGCAUAUAAAAAACCGCAAACGAUUUCAGAAUAGAUAUAAAUGAUUCUAAAUUCUAAUUAACACUGGAAGGAAAGAUGCAGUAAUGCUUUUGAUCUUUUCUCUUUAAGUGCAUUAAGAUUGUGGAUUUAUUUUGAGAACAAUUUUUUAAAAGUAACUUUUUAUUAAAUUUGACAAUUUAUGAAUUCUGUAAUGUUUUAAAAGGAUUGUGUAUUUUAAGUUUUACAAAUACUUUGCCUUGAAAUUUUGUUUUUAUAUUCAGACAUAUGUCAAGUUCCAUAGAUAUUACCCUGGGGGGAAAAAAAUCAAAUGUUUGGUUUAGCUUUCGUAAGGUCUCAUUGCCAACAUUGUCAGCAAACAAAGUCUUUCUGUAAUGAGUAGUUUCCUUGUACAAAAGUUCAGUGUAGCAAGGAAAAUAUUUUGUUGAAGGACCAAUCCUGCAUUGCUUGGACUCUCAAAACAUGAAUUUUUAUUGCAUCAGUUUUCCAAAAUCAUGCUUGCAGGAACCUAUUUUAAAAAAAACAUAACAGGCCUGGUAUUGUGGGUUGGAGAUUUUCCCACCUCACUUCCUACCUGUAGAGACUGGACUUUUCCCCAUUUGUUUAAAUAUAUCUUUGAGGCAAUAACAUUGAUUUGAAUAUUUUAAUUGUAUCUUGGUUUAUAAUAACAUUAUAUAAAUGUUAUAUUUCAGGGUUGCUAAAAGAUGGAACAAGUUUAAAGCAAAGUGCAUGGGAAUGCUAAGUGUUAUUGGUUAGGCUUGACUUUAGAAAUAUGUAUACAAUAUAAAUAUUUUGUACGGUAUGCUUUAAAAACUGUAUUUAUCAGCCAUCCAAAUUUCAGGUCUCUGGAAGGAAAGGUAUAUGGACAUCACCCAAUAUUCUCUCUCUCUCAGAUUUAAAAAAAAAAUUCUAUCUGUUGGCUCCUUUGGUUUUAUUUCCUUCUACUGUGUGUGAUAAGGACAAGACAGAGCGAGCCUGCAUAGUGAUCAGUCCCUGGAACAGCUGCAGUUUUUAUGCAGGUGAUCAUUCCCCAUUGAUCAAAUCAUAUACUCAUAUAGCACUUUUCAUCCAUGGAGCCGAAGACACUUUGCAAAGGAGAUUAAGUACUGUCUCCGUGUUACUGGUGAGGUAACAGAAGGUCACACAGCAGGUCAAUGGCAGAGCCAGGAAGAGAUCCCAGGUCUGAUUUACAGUCUAGAUUCAUAGAUCCAAGGCCAGAAGGGGUCACUGAUCAUCUAGUCUGAUCUGUAUAACAAAGCUACAGAAUGUCUGUAAAAUUGUUCUUGGACCAUAUCUUUUAGAAAAAAUUCUGAUCUUGAUUUAGAAGUUGUCACUGAUAGAGAAUUCACCACAACCCUUAGUUGUUCCAAUAGUUAGUUACUCUCACUGUUAAAAAUUUACAUCCU